CUAGCAUUCCAAGUUUCCCUGUGCCUUCUCCAGGUGCCCGGCGUGGUGAGGUACAUCCACCAGUGGCUCAUGGCCAAUGAGGCUGCUGAGCACAGGAUGGAUUGGGCCCUGAUGCAAGUGGCCGAGGCAGAGCCCGAUGAUGUGGCCAUCACUCUCCUGCGGGUGGCCCCAAUGUGUGACAGAGCUGCUAUGGCCAUGUGGACGACCAUCUUGCUCUCGCCCUGGAUUUCAGAGGAAGUGACACCGCUCCUCAUCAAUGUGGUGGGGAGCUGGCCGCAGAAAAACCUGGGCACCUCUGAUGGGGACAAGACGGCUGUCUUUUCCCUGACUGCAACUCUGGUGAUGUGGAAGAUCCUCCAGGGGCCCUGUUGCCCACAGAUCCUCACAGUCUAUUUCCCCCGCCUCUUUGUGCAUCUGCUCUUCCAAACGUACUUCAGUACUUUGUAUAUGACAGAGGACGUCCAUACCUUCUGGAAGGAAUGCCAGGAGCAACACGGCCUCUCCACCAGCCCCAACAGGUUUGCAGUGCAGACCCUGAAGGCCCUGCUCUGCAGUCUCCACUUGGAGCAUGUGGUGGUGGCAAUGGAACGCAAGCGUGGCUGGGACACGCUGCUCUGUGCUGACACCCACCACUAUGCCAUGGGUCUGCUGGCCAGGGUAAUGCGCCGUGCAUCCGCCCACUUGUGUAAAGGCAUCUUAAGCUACCUGCUUGAGGUGCUCAGCAAACCGUUGCCACACUGGGAUGUCUCUGCCAUGGCAUUCCUUGUGGAGCUCCUAGAUUGCCUGGACUUGAGUGACUGUGGUGACAGCCUAAUGGAGAUCUUGUAUAAGUACCUGUGGUACAAUUCCACAGAGAUGCAUCACCAGGUUCUCAGGGCUCUCCUCCUGCUAAAGGACCGUCCCUCCAUGGCCGAAAGAAUUCAGAGCCUGACAGGAAGACUAGUGCACCUCCUGUGGGACUUGGACAGUGACGUGGCCAGGAUGAGCACUGCUCUUCUGAGCCAUAUUUUCCUGAAAGAAGACAUCCCAAUAUCCUGGCGCAGGGCCCUGCAGCUGGCUGAGCCGCUCCUGAAACUCCUGGACAAUCCCCAUAGCCAGGUGCAGCUGCUCUCCAUGUUUCUCCUUCGAAGAGUGAUGUCUUCAGCAGAAGAAGAAGGAAGAAAGCCCCUGAAGGAACGAGUGUACCAGAGCCUGCUCCCACUCUUUUUCCACUGCCAAGAUGAGAAUCGGCAUGUGGCAGAGGCCUCUCGGACAACGCUCCUUCGCGCGGCUGACUUCCUGAAGAGGCCAGACCUGGAGAAAGCUGUGAGGAAGGAGAAGCUGUGGAAGUUUGCCAAGCUCGUGGUAAGGACAGCCUGGAAGUCCCAGCCUCAAGCUACAGAAGCCCCCUGGCCCCGGUGCUCAGUGUGUGGGGCUGGCAGCUGUGCCCCUGCCCACUGCUGCAGCCGGGGGCCGCACGGCUUCUUCUCCAGCCCCCUGUGGCCCCGA